CAGAAGAACACGGUCUACAUGGAAGCAGGGAACCAUACCACUGUUGCACAAUUCCUCUUGUUGGCUUUCUCAGAUGAUCCUAAAUGGCAGCCUCUUCUUUUUGGACUCUUCCUGUCCAUGUACCUGGUCACAGUGCUCGGGAACCUGCUCAUCAUCCUGGCCGUCAGCUCUGACUCCCACCUCCACACCCCCAUGUAUUUCUUCCUCUCCAACCUGUCCUUGGCUGACAUCUGUUUCAGCUCCACCACAGUCCCAAAGAUGCUGGUGAACAUCCAGACACAGAACAAAGACAUCUCCUACAUAGAGUGCCUCACUCAGGUGUAUUUUUUAAAUACUUUUGCUGGAGUAGAUAAUUUCCUACUGGCUGUGAUGGCCUAUGACCGUUUUGUGGCCAUCUGUCACCCUCUGAACUACAUAGUCAUCAUGAAUGCCCAGCUCUGUGUCCUUCUCGUCCUGCUUUCUUGGAUCAUCUUGUUCUUGCUCUCCUUGAUUAAUAUUCUACUAAUGAAGCAACUGACCUUUGCAAUAGGCACUGAAAUCCCACAUCUCUUCUGUGAAUUGGCUGAGGUUCUCAAGGUGUCCAGCUCUGACUCCCUCAUGAAUAAUAUCUUCCUAUAUGUGGCAACUGCCCUGUUUGGUGGGGUUCCUGUAGCUGGGAUCCUCUUUUCUUACUCUCAGAUAGCAUCUUCUUUAUUAAGGAUGUCCUCCACUGAAAGGAUGUAUAAAGCUUUUUCUACUUGCGGGUCUCAUUUCUGUGUGGUGUCCUUGUUCUAUGGAACAGGAUUUGGUGUGUACCUCAGUUCUGCUGUGACUCUUUCUACCCAAAGCAGCACUGUUGCCUCUGUGAUGUACACUGUGGUCACCCCUAUGUUGAACCCCUUCAUCUACAGCCUGAGGAACAAUGAAGUGAAGGGGGCCAUGGCAAGACUCUUCAGCAGAGCAGGCUCCUGUCAUUCGUGGAUCAUUGACUUUAGAACUAUGUGA